UUUGAAUAUGGCUACAGAUGAAAUCGACAACAUUUUCUGUUAGUAAACAAUGGCAAAGUAGUUUAUCAUCGCGUUUUCCAUUAAUAUGACUGAAACGCCAAAGGGAAGAAGCAGAAUAAGUGAGGAGCCUUGCCUGUCUGACGGGGGAGAAUGAAGUUUUCUUUGGUGACAUCACCCAGCGGGAGAGACGUCGUGCAGUGAAGUAUUCCCGUCGUCGCACCGUCAUCUACGUUCCCGGAUUCAGGAAAGACAAGAGAUUGAUGAGAUACAGUCAAGAGUUCACCCCAGACGGCCCUUUCAUAUAUGCCCAUGAAGAAGUAACCUCUGAUGUGUGUGUGAGUGAGAGUUCAUCCGACACCUCGUUGACCAAAGACAAGGAAGUGACUGUGAAAGACAAAGACGUUGUGAAGAAGCUGUUUGCAUCUGAAUCAACUGCAGGAGUUUGCAAACAGGGCAAAGAGGCUUCUGCUUCAAAGCCGUCACCACCGAUCAAGGUCACCUUCAGCGAGUCUGCGUCUGCUGAGUCUGUGUCCAGUACGUCUGCCAUGAGUUCCCCCUGUAUUAUGGAGGGGGGAGGCGAAUGUAUGGCCAUGGACCACUGCAGCAGUUUUCUGUCAAAAAACACUGAAAUCUCAAGCAAACUAUUCGACAGUGGUGUAGACUGUGGGGUUGGAGAUUCCAUGCUUUCCUCGUCCAAACUUUCUGAAUGCAUGUCUCUCAGGACCGAGUCCGGGAUUACCAUUCGUGAGAAAGACACCAAGUCAGUGCUAUCAAACUUCUUCGAAAAUGACAGUGGGGAAAAUGAUGAGAUGGUUUUUGCUCAGCCUCGCAGCAGACUGGGGUUCGCCCAUUCGUCUCAGAUUGCAUCAGUGAGUGACAAUGUUCUGUCGAACACCCUCCCACGAAAGUUUGGACACUCUCACCAUGCUGGAACUAACUAUGCAGGUUCAUUCUUGUCCGAUAUGGAACAUGCCGAGAGCGUUAGUGACAUUAGUGAUAAUGAUGGAUUUAAAAGACCUUUCCGGCUUCAAGGAGUGUUGGGUAUGCAGACUUGUCAGACCAACAUCAGCACCCCACGAAUGGCUUCCACAGCACCCAGCUUCCCUUUUGCAAGUCCACAUCUCCUAGUCAGCCCCAUUGCAACAUACAAAGCCAAUCCCAGUAAUGAAUCAGUUGCCUCUUCGAAAAGUUCCGACUCGACUCCGUCCAAGUUGGUUAAGAGUUCGGUUAGUGCUUUCUCCUCCUUCCCAGCAUCCACGGCGGUCAGGAGAAGUCUUCGUAAGAAGACCAUGGAUGAGAGCAGCAUGUUGGUAGAACCAAAGAUUAACCUGUCAGACUCUGAUGUAACUAAGCGUGAUUUUGGUGUAGGGACCAGCGACAUGGUUACAUCAUGUGGGAAUACUACCUGUCCAGGAAUGUCGGACUCUCAAGUGUCCCAUAUCUCAAGAGAUGAGAGCAGUUCCGCAACCGUUACAAACUCAGUGCCACCCAAACCUGUGAUGACCACCACGUCCACCCAAUCAGACUAUCUCUGUCUACCGUCCACCCUGGCUGGUCAGCAGCUGUUGCUGGUCAAGAGCAGCGAACUUGCGAAGGGACAGCUAGAAAGUUCUCCCGAGUCACUUGUUUCCCAGUCAUCUUGGUCAGAUCUUAAACUAUCCGCUUUGGGUAUCAACAAAGAGCGUUUGUGUUUCGCAACAGUGUCGUCAGAUUCCUCGAGCCUUCCAACACAGAGCAGUGACACAAAUGUGACAACAUCAUCAGAUGUUCAGAAACCCGAUCUGGUCAGUGAAAGUGAUAAACCAGUUGGUCAAAGGUCAGAAGUUAGAGAUGAUGCAGGUCAGAGGUCAGAGGUUAGGGAGGAGCAAGUUCUGGAGUCUCUGGGAAACAAACAAAGAAGUUUGAAUGUCAAUUCGUCUUCUCCAUCCACUGAAUGUGAGCUGGGCAUGAGCGAGGAGUACUUCACCCUUAAUGACAAUGAAUCAAGCACACCAGACUUGUUCAAAUCUCACAAAUGUGAUGAUUAUAAAGAUGGUGAAUUCAGUGGCGAUACCCAGUCACAAACUGAUGACCAAGACGAUGAUGAUAUUGACUCAUCAGAACUAGACACUUUACUCCCUGGACCAGAUUGUCAAACGACAAUACUCGACAAUGAUUAUUCACCCAUCAAAGGUCGAGGUUAUGAACGGCGACAGAGACAGUUUCAACAGCGUCCAGGGUUGAUCUGGCCGAACCGAUACAUGUCCGACUCUGAAAGCAGUGAAACAGAAGAUCUGGGCGAACAUUCUUUCGACAGCGGCAGUUCGGAUUCAUCGCUCCUGGACUACAGUGCGUCCGAUUCUUUCGAGGCGAUGAGUCCACCGCCCAAACCCGAGCCGGUCAUCAUCAAUGAUGGGAAGCUGAAACCAUGGCGACCACCAGGUCACGUGGAGGUCAAAGUUAAAAAAAGCUCUGAAGGCAAGUUCCUUUCGCGAACAGGCUUUCAGGCAAGACUUAGAAAAAUAAAAGAAAUGACAGUUAAGGGAACUAAGAAAGGAUCGUCCUUCAGGUUUGGAAGUUCAUCCAGCAAUAAGGAGAACCAGACCAAAGGAAGGCUAUACCCGAAGUCACCGCUUCCAAAGAACGAUUGCAAGUCGGACAAAGACAAGAAAAAAACACCCUGUCGUAGAAAGAAGCAGUCUGACCUGACUGAGAUGGAGAUUGACGAGAUGACGAAGCUACACACCACCUGUAACGGUCAGCGUGUCGUCCGCUACCUCAACUUCUCCGAGUCCCCCAUGAUCAUCAAGCACUACCCAGCUCCCAAGGAAGCUUCCAAACUCAGCUGGAGCAACACGCUGACCAACUGCGAGCUGACGUAUCACUCCCCGACUCGAAAACCUUCCAAGCCAACAGCCAAACCUAUACUCACACAGCGACCUCUGACCCACACCUACCCCUACAGUGACGAUGUCCCCUCACCAAUCAUCUUGACGAGAACACGGCGGACACACACGCUGUCACAGAGAGUCACACAGCUGUGAUCUCACACGUGUGUUAGCCUCACAGAGCCGGAAGACCUCGCCUCACAUUAAUGUGGUCGCUCUAUCAUUUCAAAACCCUGAAUAUUUUGUUGCGGAAGCCAGACUGACAUAUUCUGCGAUCAUCUAUAAACAAAUACUAGAAUUAUUUUUGUUUGACAUGUAGAUAUUUUAUAAAUCUUUUGCCAUCCUCUAUACACGAAUACUAGAGACAUUUUUGUUUUCCAUUUAGAUUUUUGUUUGGGGGAUAAAUUAGAGCUUUAGCUUUUAUCAAGACGAGAUUAGUUUUCAUUUUGAUGAAUUAGAUGAUGAGCAAAUUUUGUAUCUAUUAAAUUUCAUCAAGCUUACUGUGAUAGCUUAAAAAUAUCUUUCAAGUUAUAUUGAUAAAGAGUAUUAAUAUUUCACAUCAUUUUGCACGAAGUUAUUUUUAACUCAUAAUUAUGAAUUUAUAAUGUAAAAAGGAACAAGAAUGUUUUACAGAUUUAUAGUUUAAGGGUAACUCUUCUUAUUCAUACCACUAAAAUAUAUGCAUAUAUGAUAACCAUCAGUCUUAUUUCAAAGAUACCAUUCCCUUCCCUGCUAACGUUGAGCUCAUUCUCUGAUGGCUAGCUGCUAAUGAUAUGCAAAGGACUUGUCUGUGUAGAUGAAAAAUUAUAUCCAAUGUAUAUUUGUGUACAUAGAAGUUCCAUAAACCUUAGCUUCAACUGUACAUACAAUGUCAGCAUGUAUAUUAAUGUACACAACUCCACAAUGACAAUCCAUUCAUCAAUACCAUUAAAACAUAAGAUAACAAAUAAAUGACAGAAAUAUUAAAUAACAUUUAUGAAAUAUUUCUGAAAUAUUUCAACUCGCAAACUCCUUUUGAGCAGUUGAGAACAGAAUGACUGCUUAGAGAUUAUCUAUCCUGACAUGAGUUUAUGAAAGUCCGUAACGAAAGCAUGUCUAACCUGUUCAGGAUAACAUCGCCUUUCUCCAUCUUGGAACAAACCAGUAUUAUCUGAAUAAUGGCUCAGUGUAAUACCUUCUCUGAUCUCAGUACUUACUGUCUAGCCUUUUAGAUGAGCCUUUACAGACUUGUUGAUAGACUUUGUUCAUAAAAAAAUAUUCUGUUUAUUGAAAUAGUAUUAUUGAUAUGCGUCAGAGACAUUUUUGUCAAUCAAAUAUUACACUUCUCAAUCACAGAUCAAUACUUGAACUUGUUGUAAAUUCUAUUUCCUGAAAUUGUAUAUUAUGUACAUUUGUCCCAUUUUGUUCCCAUAUGUGUGCAAUAUGCGCAGAGAUGUCAUGUUAAGUUAUUUUUGUUGAUCCAUGUUGUGUACAGUAGCUUGCUGCAUGAUAGGCAGGUGCCAGAUGAUAGCCUAGACGGCUACUGACUAUAUAGAGUUGCUAUGGAAACUGGGAUCUUGUGAUACUGUUUGUGUGAUCUGAGACAAUUUUGGUGAUAAAAGACAAAAAAUGGUUGUACAUGCCCCAUGCUAUUGGAAAAAAUAAAUGAAUCUCAAUUUA